GCCUCUUGCCGAGUGUCCCACGUGCUGUUUCCGGUAGGUUUGGGAGCUACAGCGGGGUGCAAGUUUUUCUAGUACUACUCCUGGAGGAGCCGGUCUGCAACCAACAUGUGCAGCAGAAACAACAACAAGUUGCCCAGCAACUUGCCGCAGUUACAGAAUCUUAUCAAGCGGGACCCGCCGGCCUACAUCGAGGAGUUUCUCCAGCAGUAUAAUCACUACCAAUCCAAUGUGGAGAUUUUCAAGUUACAACCAAAUAAACCUAGCAAAGAACUGGCAGAGCUGGUGAUGUUUAUGGCACAGAUUGGCCACUGUUAUCCAGAACAUCUGAGUAACUUUCCUCAAGAGCUCAAAGAUCUUCUCUCCUACAAUCACACUGUCUUAGAUCCAGAUCUUCGAAUGGUACUACAGAAUUUUAUGUAUACCAUGCUGAGAGACAGUAAUGCAACUGCAGCCAAGAUGUCUUUGGAUGUGAUGAUUGAGCUCUACCGAAGGAACAUCUGGAAUGAUGCCAAAACUGUCAAUGUUAUUACAACUGCGUGCUUCUCCAGCAUUACUAAGAUAUUGGUUGCCGCUCUGACAUUUUUCCUUGGGAAAGAUGAAGAUGAGAAAAAAGAUAGUGACUCAGAAUCUGAGGAUGAAAGACCCACCGCAAGAGACUUGCUUGUGCAAUAUGCCACAGGGAAGAAGAGCUCCAAAAAUAAGAAGAAGUUGGAAAAGGCAAUGAAAGUGCUCAAGAAACAAAAGAAGAGGAAAAAGCCUGAGGUGUUUAACUUUUCGGCUAUUCACUUGAUUCAUGACCCUCAAGAUUUUGCAGAAAAGCUACUCAAACAGCUGGAGAACUCUAAGGAGAGGUUUGAAGUGAAGAUGAUGCUUAUGAACCUCAUCUCCAGAUUGGUGGGAAUCCAUGAGCUUUUUCUCUUCAAUUUCUACCCUUUUCUUCAGAGGUUUCUGCAGCCCCACCAGAGAGAAGUAACAAAGAUCCUUCUGUUUGCUGCACAAGCCUCUCAUCACCUUGUACCUCCAGAGAUCAUUCAAUCAUUGCUCAUGACUGUGGCCAAUAAUUUUGUGACAGACAAGAACUCUGGGGAAGUCAUGACAGUUGGUAUCAAUGCUAUAAAGGAGAUAACAGCUCGAUGUCCUCUAGCCAUGACUGAGGAACUUCUCCAAGACCUGGCUCAGUAUAAGACACACAAAGAUAAGAAUGUAAUGAUGUCUGCUAGAACUUUGAUCCAGCUCUUCCGGACACUGAAUCCUCAGAUGUUACAGAAGAAAUUCCGGGGCAAACCUACAGAAGCUUCUGUGGAAGCUAGAGUACAAGAAUAUGGUGAAUUAGAUGCUAAAGAUUACAUUCCAGGAGCAGAGGUUUUGGAAGUUGAGAAAGAAGAGGAUGCUGAAAAUGAAGAUGGGUGGGAAAGUACCAGUCUCAGUGAAGAGGAGGAGGCUGAUGGUGAAUGGGUCGAUGUACACCACUCUUCUGAUGAAGAACAGCAAGAGAUCUCCCAGAAGCUGAGCAGCAUGGCCACGGAGGAGCGGAAGGCCAGGGCUGCAGCCAUCAGCACCAGUCGGGUCUUGACUCAAGAAGACUUCCAGAAAAUCCGUAUGGCUCAAAUGAGGAAAGAGCUCGCUGCAGCCCCAGGGAAGGCCCAAAAGAGGAAAUAUAUUGAAAUAGAUAGUGAUGAAGAGCCCAGGGGUGAAUUGUUGUCUCUUCGGGACAUUGAGCGCCUUCAUAAAAAACCAAAGUCUGACAAGGAGACACGACUAGCAACUGCAAUGGCUGGAAAGACAGACCGAAAAGAAUUUGUGAGGAAGAAAAGCAAAAUGAAUCCAUUUUCCAGUUCCACAAAUAAAGAGAAGAAAAAACAGAAGAACUUUAUGAUGAUGCGAUACAGCCAGAAUGUUCGGUCCAAAACCAAGCGGUCCUUCCGAGAGAAACAGCUGGCCCUACGAGAUGCACUUUUGAAAAAGAGGAAAAGAAUAAAGUAACUUCCAAGCAAGUUUUCCAUUGCAUGGAGAAUGCUAAAUUUGAGCAGUUAUUCUGAAAAUUAGUAAAUGGAGGAUAUUUAUGUACAUUAAAAAGUCCCCAAAGCGCUAUAUUAUGGAAAAACACACUAAAUUUGGUAGCAGUUGUGUGUUAUUAGUGGAAUGGGUAGAGGUGGCAAUCUUUCACACAUGAACAGUGGUAUAAAAUAAUUUUAUUUUAACAUUCAUGCAUUUUAACAUGAAGUGCCUACUCAAUUGUCACUGUAGAUAUAAAAUUGAAUGAGCUAUAAUCAUUCAAGACUUUCAUGGGGGAGGGGGUAUAUACAUGUGUGUACACAGGGCAGUGUAAAUAGUUCUCUGGUAGACGUAGGUCCACCUGGAGUCCCUAGGGGAGCACUGAGGCCUUACAGACUAACUCUGCAAGAAUGUGAGUUAGCUAUUCUAUUAAAACAGGACCGCGUUACAAGAGUAAGAGAUUCUUACUUGUAAAUAGGCUUACCUGCUGAAAACAGGUCCCGGCUGUACAGAUUUUGCAUAGAUAAGUUAGCUCUUUGAAUCUAAAUUAUUUCAAUUUUUUUUUUUUUCCAUGCUGUAUAAACACUUUUUGGGUAAGAUUUCAUUUCUAAAAUUGCCUUAGGUAUAAACAGUUUGAAAAGUCUGUUCAUCAUUAAGCUGUUUACAUUUUUAUAUUUAUUCCUCAGACUCCCUUCUCUCUGUGUAAUAUUUUUAUCCCAUUGUUUGCUUUGUACCUAGUAAAAGAUUUCUGAAGUCCAGGAUCCUCUUGUAUGUACAAUAGUGUGUGUUGUUUGCCAGGCAUGCCUGAGUGGGUUUUGGGGGAUUUUCUCUUUAUGUGUAGUUAUUAUAUUUAGAAGUAAUUUGGUGCCUUUUGCCCCAGAUUUUUUAAUCUUGUGUUAGAUUAAAAUAUUAAAGGGUAUUUUCUUGCCCUUCAGAAUUAAAAAACAGCUUCUGAAAUCACUUUUUUUUCUCUUUGCAUUUUCUUCUGUUUGCUUAGAGUUCAGUUUCAUCUUUAUUUAAAUGAAACUUCAUUGAUACCCUACAUCACUGUUAGGGUAUUAAACUGUCAGAUUCAGACCGCAGCCACUUGAUUGCUUCACAGGAAGUGCCCAGGGCAGGUUUGUAUAUUUCAGACCUGAAACUAUUUCUUCUUCCUUCCUCUUCAUGCUUGAACUGGAUGUCACCUCAUGUGUCUGGAUCUAGAAAGUGAGUAAAAUUGGAGACAGCAUAAUAGGUGGGGGCAAGGAACUUUGCUGUGCACGCCUUUGCUGGAGUGCCCAGAAGCUUCAUCCUCUGCAUGGGUAUCUCCACGUCACAUGGACUCCAAAAAGCCAAAGUCUUUUCUUUAUUCUGACUCCACCAGAGAACGCAGGAACCCAGGGCUUUUCCACUGAACUACA